AUGCUCGGAAAUUGGUCAUUCGGGGAUUACUUCAAAAAAGAGGCGUGUACAUGGGCCUGGGAGCUUCUGACAAAUGUUUGGGGUCUUCCAAAGGACAGGUUUUAUGUUACCUAUUUUGGUGGGGACCAUAAGUUGGGGCUCGACUCGGAUGAAGAAGCACGACAAGUUUGGAUUGACUUGGGGAUACCAUCUCAAAGGGUUCUACCAUUUGGAAUGAAAGAUAACUUUUGGGAAAUGGGUGAAACUGGUCCUUGCGGUCCGUGCUCCGAAAUCCACUUUGAUCGAAUCGGUGGCAGAGAUGCAUCUGCCCUUGUUAAUAUGGAUGAUCCGGAUGUAUUGGAAGUCUGGAAUCUCGUUUUUAUACAAUUCAAUAGGGAAGAAGGUGGAACUCUUCGCCCACUCCCCGCAAAGCACGUGGAUACUGGCAUGGGUCUUGAACGAAUUGUUUCCGUCCUGCAGAACAAGCGAUCUAAUUAUGACACCGACUUGUUCUUGCCAUAUUUUGAUGCUAUACAUAAGGCUACCGGAAUUCACCCCUACACGGGCAAAGUGGGAAUGGAGGACAAAGACAAUACUGACCUCGCCUACCGUGUAUUGGCCGAUCAUGCACGCAAUCUUACAAUUGCGCUAAGCGAUGGGGGUCAAAUAUCCAAUCAAGGCCGUGGCUAUGUUUUGCGGCGGAUCCUCCGAAGAGCAAUACGCUACUCCAUCGAAGUCAUUGGUGCGAAACCAGGCUUCUUCGCUACGCUUGUUGAUGUGGUUGUUAAAUCACUUGGUGCUGCCUUUCCCGAGUUGAAAAAAAAUCCAGAAAUUGUAAAAGGUUUAAUAAAUGAAGAGGAGCAGCAGUUUCUUUUGACGCUUCGCCGUGGUCAGCGUCUUCUGCGUCGGGAAGUCGAUCACUUAAAAAAAUCAAUGUCUACCAUCUUGCCUGGUUCCGUGGCCUGGCGCCUCCACGACACAUACGGCUUCCCCCUAGACCUUACUACAAUCAUGGCACGAGAAGCUGGCAUCGAGGUUGAUGACGAAGGCUACGAGAAAGCGAAAGAGGAGGCAUUGCUAAGGAGUCAAGGCACCUUCGGUACCGGCAUCUCCACUAUAGACCUCGAUGUUCACGAUAUUGCUAGUCUUCAAAAAUCCGGCGUUCCCUUGACUGAUGACAGUUUAAAAUACAGCUACGGCCGUUCUCGAAAAAACAACCGAUAUCAUUUUUCUGAUUGUACGGCUACGAUUCUGGCAAUUCGUACCGAGAAGGGGUUUGUGGACUGUGUAAGCGAGCCUGGCAUGGUGUGUGGUCUGAUUCUGGACAGAACUGUUCUCUACGCUGAGGCCGGUGGUCAGUCUGAGGACCAUGGUUUCAUUGUCAGUGAAAAGAACGACGCCAACGAGUUAUCAGUCUACAGUGUACGGAACAGGGGAGGCUUCGUGUUUCACCUAGGCCGGUUAGAGGGUCAGCUCUCCAAAGGGGAUACAGUGCGCGUCUCGGUGGACCCGGUGCGUCGGAUCGGUCUGAUGCGGAAUCACACUGGCACCCACGUUCUUAACUUUGCCCUUCGUUUCGUCCUCGGUGAGGCCGACCAGAAGGGCAGCCUUGUCGCACCGGAUCGCCUCCGUUUCGAUUUCUCUUCAAAGUGCGCCCUUACGAAGGAGCAAAUAUCGUGCACUCAAGCUUCAGCCCGUAAAAUGAUCCGGUCCUGGCAACGCGUGUACACCAAGGAUGUGCCUUUGGCCGACGCGAAGGCUAUCCGGGGUCUGCGUUCCUUAGACGGUGAGGCGUACCCUGACCCAGUUCGAGUGGUCUCCGUUGGAGUUCCAGUGGAUCAGUUAAUUUCCGAGAAUAUUAGCGACAUGGCUACAAAAACUUCUGUUGAGCUGUGCGGUGGCACGCAUGUCUUGAAUGUGGGUCAUAUUGGAAAGUUCGUCAUAGUCUCGGAGGAGGCCAUUGCCAAAGGCAUGCGACGAAUUACUGCUGUUACCGGACCCGAGGGAGAGCGCGCAGAGAAACAGGCACUUCUUCUUCAAUCCGAAGUGGACCAAUUUGUCGACGAUACAACAAAUGCUAUCGCCAGCGUCCCUGUGAAUACGAACGCUUGUCGUCAGUUGGCUGCUAAGUUUCCCUCGGUGGUGGAAAGCGUUUCCAGCGCCCAAAUCGGUGUGGGUGCACGAGAGGCAAUGCGCGAAGCACUGAAUGCCGCCAAGACCCGCCUCGACGAAAUAGACAAGGCCAGUAAGGCUGCGUUAAUCAACCAAGUCAUGGAGGACGCACGGAUGUUGUGUCAGGAUAGCAAAGACACUAGGGACUUUAUCAUCCAUACAUUUGACGCUGGAUCCAACGCAAAAGCCCUCAACCUCGCGCUGAGGGAGAUGGAGAAGGCGUUGCCCAAUACUGCCGUCAUGGCGCUGUCUCUGGACGCAGGGUCCAAGAAACUUCUUUGUCUCACACAGGUUCCCAAGGUUUUAGUUGCGCGUGGCCUGAAAGCCAAUGCAUGGGCGAACUGUGUCUCGAAUCUGAUAGGUGGAAAAGGGGGUGGCAGGGAAACAUCAGCCCAGGCCAGCGGAUCUCCCGGUAGAACUUCAAUUGACCAGGUCGUCGUCGCUGCAACGAAGUUUGUUGAGUUACACCUUAAGUAA